UUUCACGAACAGUUCCGUUUUAGCAGUCCUAACAAACGCUUUGCCACGCAGUGUGUGUUCCGUAUUUUUGUUUACAACCUUUACAAACAAACUGCAUAGUAGCAUCCAUCUAACAAAUUUGGCAAAAGCAACAACAAUGAAUCGAUUAUUGAUCGUUUGUUUAACAAUCGUCUCAGCGGUGCAAAGUCAACAUUUAAGCUCAAUGAUACAAUUGCCAUUAUUGGAGAGCAGCCAUGUAAAGCUCGAAAAUGGCAUCGACCCGAACCACCUGCUGGUCAUCGAGUGCAUAAACUCAAACAAAGCGGUAGAGCUGGAGUGCACCGUAACAAUUCACCUGACGGAUAAUUCAACUGACAUCUGCUCGUUGACCCUCGCAGCUAAAGAAGACAUGGAUGACAUUGAGUUAUUGUCCAUUCAUCAGCUCAGCGACAACAAAGUGAUGAUCGUGUGGGGCGACUUCGAGCCGCGCAGAGGCAGCUUGUCGUACUAUCAGUCGAUCUUCUACAUCAAGCGCAUCACCAUCGUCGAGAUGAGCACGUGCGCCUCAGUGAAAACUCUGCUGCAUCGUUAUUUCCUCGGGUCUCGUCGCCGCUUACAGGCGGUAGUGCCGUUCGCCGAAGGCUUCGACGCGGUCGUCACUUGCCAACCCUACUACGAGAACUGCUCGUCGACGCGCGAGAGCUACGACUCGUCCGGCAACGAGUUGGGUGAAGUCGAGGCGCUGCCCGUUCAACUGGAGCACAUAUCAGCCCUGGCGGUCUCCAGGGAAGAUCGCUCGGCCGGCAUUUUCAUCUAUGGCACCAGCGACGACCUCAACACCAACGUCAGCCACGUGGCGGCGGGCAGCGUGAAGAGGUCGCUGAGCCUCCGCACGGACAUUCGGCAAGCCGUGAGCCACGCCGACGGCGAGGGCUCCCUGGCGAUCUGUGGCCGAGUGGUCGGCAAGCCCAGAUUCAUCGAGUGCACGCACUACGACGCCACGACGAACAAGGUGGUCGAGUACCGGACGAGUCUGCCCGGCUACGUCGACGUCGUGGGCGUGCGUCGCUUGAGAAACGGCAGUCUGCUGCUGCUGGCGAUCGACGACAACGAGAUAAUGCUCGCGGUGAUGGGCAAAGACCGGCACGUCACCUUUGCGGUGCCGAUCGAUUGGCGCGCCACGACGGGAAAGUGUCGAGUAAGGGGCUUCAAUGAGAAAGAGGCGAACUUUGGUUUCGUUUGCGAGACGCACGUCGAGGGCAAACGUAGCCUCGUUACGCAGAUGUUCGCGCUGCCGGCUAAGCUUCGCGAGAACCAGGGCGAAAACUCAACGGAAACCUGACGCGGCUUGCUUCAAGGUUGCUAGGAGCAAGCCUGCCGUUAUUUAUUGUCAACUGUAACGAUGAGCGACCUGUGUCGGUGUAACGUACAUUUUGCUACUGCAUACCCGCAUAACAGCGGAUAGUUCGCACGUAACGCAGCUCGAUGAGUUCUUGAGCAUUUCGAUUUCUAGCGAUCAAAUAAUUAUUUAUUGUCUCAUUGUCAUCUUCUUGUAAAAGGAAGUAUCUCGCCUCUCAAAUAUGAAAACAUGUUAUUGACGUGCCUGCCAUCAAAAUAAUUCUUAGAAAAAUAAUUGCGAGUCUAAGUAAUUACAGAUAAAGCUAGAGAAAUACGUAAAUUAAAAGAGAAUAGUCAUAAAGUAUUUAUUUAUUUUUAUAUAUUAUAGGGAAACAUUGACGUAGCAAACUUGUGAGUAUUUUGAAGCUUCACAGUUUUGUAAGAAAUGCUUCCUGAUAACUAUGUGCAUCGUAUUAGUACGUUAGUUUAAAAAGUAAUUAUUUUCUCACUAUUGCAAGUAUCUAUUAUAUGUAUUUCAACUAGUCAAAGUAUUAUUAAGUUAUCACUGUUCUUCGUACGAUGUAAAAGCUAUUUAAAUCCAUGUGCAUUAUCGUAGUUUCUAGCAAAUAAAAGCUCCGAUGCACUGGUAAGAAUCUGAAUUCAUCGCUUAUUUUCCCUUUAAAAUUUGCAUUGAUGUCAAUUCAUUUGUCUGAUAAGACUGACUGAUCGACCGGCUAAUGUUUGUACACACAUGAAAUUUACUGAUAUCAGACAAGUGCUCUCCAUAGAUGUUUAUGUCGAGUUUUAUGUCCUGAUGCUGCUGUCAGCAAUGCACAAUCGCCAUAAGAGAAAAAUAUCGAUCCGAAACACGCGUCCAACGGCUGCUACGCAAAAUUACGAAAUUGAUAGCAUAUGAGAUGAAAACAGAUCGUUUAAGUUUCAAUCAAAUGGGCAAGCUGAAAGCUCAGGACUCAUCAAAAUAAAUCAGCAAACGAGUAUAUACAAAGUUUGACAUAACACAAUUGUUUGAUUAGUCAUCUAUAAUUGACUGAAAAGUGAGUUUUUCACUGGCUGCGUACGGAUUCAUAGUCUGACUCGCCUUGUUCAUCGACGCGUAAGCUUAACCAAGAUCCCGCUCCCCUACUUCCAGAUAAAAACUCAACUUGUUAGUUGAUACUUAACAUUUCUACUUGCAAUUUUUGCUUUCAUCGCGUCGUAAAGAUUGAGUCAGUUAGAAAACUAUAUCGUAAAAAUAUAAAAAACUUCAUCCCAAAAAUUUGCUCGAUAAAUAAAUGGCUAACGGCACAGGAGGUAAAUGUUCUCAUAAGAUUCGUAGAUAAAAUAAGGAUUUACAAAGCGAUAUUGAAUACACGAGGCUUGUAUAUGGAAAUAAUUUAAUGGAAAUGAGCAAAUUCCCCAAACUUUUGAAAUUUGUUAUAAAAACAAAAAUUCUUUUCAAAGCACAGCUUUUAAAAUCUUCUUUUCUCUCGAAGUUAGCUUUGAAUAGCAUUAGAAAAUAUGAAUUCAUGAUUUUUUCAAAAUCUUUUCUUGAAAAACAGCAUGAAUAAUCUAAACUUAACAUUUUUUUUCAAAUAGAUAUUAGAUUAUUAUAAUUUUUGUAAUUGCGUUCAACCAGUCGACGCCAUGAAUAUGCAAUUUAAAUAUUGUUCGAAACGUAAAUAAAUAGAUUAAACAGAAAUUGGCUUGGAGUUAAACAUCAAUCAGAAAAGUAUUUUUCUUGUGUCGAUAAAAAAACACCUCUUUUUAAUAUGGAGGGCUCACUGACUAUGCUAACUACAAAAGUCUGAAACUC